CGAGUUUCUUUCUUCUUCUUCUCUUGCCUUCUGUUGAUCUUCCCUCGGCACUCGUCACUGGUUUGACUUGAUUCGCUCAUGUUACCCCAAUCCACCAGCCCCAAAAUGUCUUCCAGUCUGAAAAACGAGCUCUCUUCUUCUGAGUUUGAAGUCGAGGCUCAAGAUCUCCAGCUGCAGGCCCAGCUCCAGUCCAACCUCCGCCUCAUCAACGUCGUCAACGGCUCACGACUUGCCCUUACGGUUCUGGCCCUGGCGGCUGGCAUCACCGUCUUGGGCGUUUCCGCCAAUGGACUGAUGGUCUACCACCAGACAUAUCUCCCGGUUGAUUUCUAUCUUCCGCUAUGGCCGUCUCAGUUUGACCUGCGCCCCACUACCGCGUUGGUUGCUGGAGGAGUUGUUGUUACGGUGGCCAAUAUUGUGUCUCUCUUCUUUAGCAAGGUUCAAGCUCUACGAAGCCUCACUGGCCCCCACGCAAUCGCCAGCCUUGCCGCUCCCGCCGUAGGCUUCAUUGCCUCUCUCGUUGCCAUGUCUCUCUUUUAUGCCGUCAAUUCUUCUUCUACAGUAGACAACUUCCAGAGUUGGACAUGCCGCUGGAAUGAUGUCCCCAUGAGCAUGCAGCCGCACUUUGGCACUCUGUGCAAGCAGAGCCAGGCCGGCGUGGUGCUCUCUGUGCUGCUUGUUCCCCUGGAGGCGGCCAUUCUUGCAGUUGCGGGCUACCAGGCUGUCUUGGAGCGACAGACUACCAAGGCAUAAUUUAAUGAGCAUGGACAAGAGGAAAGUUGGAGAAGCUGCCCAUAUAAAAGAGGCAGUUAAUAGGAGCAGCUUCGUGCUCUCCUACAAUUGGCACGAGCUGAGAUGAGGUACACGACGGGAGAAUCAUCGGACACUGUUCAAUUUAGUAGCUACAUGUAAUAUAAUUUCUUAUUUCUAGUGCGAGAAUAGACGGCAUCGCGCGUUGGCU